UAGCCUCAUGUGAACAAUUAAGUAAUUGAUUUGGCUUGAGUUGUCAUACCAGACUUCCUGCUUCAUAUCAUUACACCAUUGCUAUAGUAUUGGGAUAAAUAUUUUACCAUGUGUUUGCAUCAGCAGAGUUGUGUGACUUUUUAAUCUGUGUAAAAUAUAAAAGUGUAUAAAAUCCAUCAUCUUCAAAAGCCCAGUAAGGGUUUAAAUCUACUACAAUCCCUCUAGGUGUCACAUCAGUUUCAUGCUCGGCAUUUAAAAUAUGUUAUAUUGCACUUUCUACUUUGAAUAAAAAAGAUUGAAAUAACUUCAUUGUUGUAGAAAUACAUUAAUCUGUUGUUUAAAAAAAUCAGCCAAUAGUUCUUACAACGUCAAAACGCUACUCAUUUUUGAAAGAGAGUCCAGUAUCAGUAAAAGUCAUGCAGAUUUGUAGUGGGUCUGACAUAAUCCUCCACUGCCAGCUGAUUGGUUGAGGACAGUGAUUGCUGAUAGACGACAGCUGUGCAAACGAGUCAUGCUCAGAGCCAGGUGUAUAAAAUCACAGUGGAAGAUUUUUUUCAAGCAUGAGUGACUAUUUCCAGCAACAGCCCUGCUAACAUUGAAGCUCAUCGUCUACAGGUCUCAUCUUGCUCCAGAAUGGGUAUGUUUUUCCUCAGGUAUUGUUUUUCUGUCAAGUGCUAUAAAUGUUGACUAAUGUUUCUAAUCAGAAGUCUGUCUUAUUUGUUUUAGCAGGGAAGAAAGUCCUGAUUGUGUAUGCCCACCAGAGCCCCGGCUCAUUCAAUGCUGCGGCUAAAGAUGCUGCAGUAGAAGUUUUAACUAGUCAGGGCUGCACAGUCGAAGUAUCUGACCUGUACGCUUUGAAGUUUAAAGCCACUGCAACUGCAGAGGACAUUGUCGGUAUGCAAGUAUCUCAGCGGGAGUAAAAGUUUGGCUUUGAUUGCUCAUCAAGGUUACAGGAAACUGUUUAUUGUCUUUGCAGGAGAAGUCAAGAAUGCAGAUCACUUCCGUUAUGCGGAAGAGACCAAACUGGCAUGGGAAGCUGGAAAACUGUCAGCUGAUAUCACUGAGGAGCAACGCAAGCUAAAAGAGGCCGACCUCAUUAUCUUCCAGGUAAAGGAGUGCAAUUGUCGAUCAUGCUUCUUAUUUCUUCUUUUUAAAGUUGACCCCUCUGCAUUAAACUCUUCUUUUUCUCAGUUUCCCAUGUACUGGUUCACUGUCCCUGCCAUCAUGAAGGGCUGGAUGGACCGGGUGCUCACACUAGGCUUUGCAUACUCUCAUGAGAAGCGAUACAGCCAAGGACCUUUCAGGGUAAGGUAUCUAGAGGUUUCUGUUACAAGGUCAAGGCUUUAUUUUUACCAACUCAACUUGUUUUUUUUAUUUUUGUUCACAGGAGAAGAAAGCCAUGCUGUCCUUCACCACAGGGUCCCAUGAGUCCAUGUUCAGUGCCAACGGCGUCAAUGGAGACAUGAAUGUUACGCUGUGGCCUCUGCAGGUACUGCUUCAGGAGAAACCGAUCCAACAAAAAUGAAUUGCGAAUCUUUUCAAAGCGAUUGAACUAAAUUCUGGUGCAUCUCUCUCCUCAGAACGGCAUCCUGCACUACUGUGGUUUCCAGGUUCUGGCCCCGCAGAUUUUCUGGGCCCCGUCUCACAUUCCCAUUGAGGCACGCGGCACCAUGCUGGAGGGCUGGCGUACACGGCUGCAAGGCCUCAUGGGAGAGGAGCCACUCUCCUUCACUCCACUGGACUGCUUUGAUGGGGAGAAGGGCUUCCAGUUGAAACCUGAGGUCUGUGAGAAACACGCCACCAAGGAGUUUGGACUGACUGUGGGGACCCACUUGGGCAAACCUCUGCCACCAAACAACCAGAUGAAAGCCGGAGUCUGAGAAGGAUGGGACCUCGCUGUGUGUCACUUUGUCUUAAAUCAAUAUGAAAUAAAUGAUGUAUUCUAACUUUCAGACAUGUUGUGCAGUGCAGCCAUUACUAAAUCUGAAUGUUUUGAGUCUUGGUCAUGUUGGUCACACAAUCCUGACAACAGGAGCUAAUUUGCAAGGAAAUGCAAAUGUGUGUCAAUGACUUUAUGAUGUGUGUGUGCAGUACCCUCAAGAUCCCAGCAGUGGGCUGCAGAUUACAUUUGGACACUUGUACAUUGGAGGUUUCUCUGGAAGUAAGUGUGCAGAACAGUAAAUGUUACAUCAAUUUAAAGUCCAUAUGCCAUAGGUCUUAAGAUCUGUUCUUGAUUUGAACAACUUAAAUCCCCUUGGUUGUAAUUGGCAUGAAGCAGCGAGACUAAAACAAUGUAUGAAUGCGCAAGGGCUAAAAUAUGAAGUACAGUCUAAUAAAUACUGGGAUCAUGCUGACAAACCCAAAAUCAGUGUUGUAAAUUCCAUAGAACUAUCUAAAAGUACCCCAAGGAGCAUUAAAUCUAACUGCAGGGAGGAUGAACCAUUUAGAAAGUUGGCUGGUUUCACAGCCAAAAAAACAAAAUGAUGUCCAAAUAAUUUCAGUUUUAAGCACACAGAAUUUUCUGGACUAAAAAAUGUUUUGGAAAUGUUUCUAACCAGUGUCUUGGUUUAAACACAUUUAUAAAGAUUACAAGCCUGGUAAGAAAUAUAGUUUUUAACUAAGUCUUCUACAGUCUUAAAUUUGUCUCCAUCUCACUGGAAAUAAUGCUUGCGUCACGGGGGUUAUCACAUUUACACACUUUACAAGUGGUUUUUGAGUGGCAGCUUGUACUUGAAGCUGAACGGUCGAAGUCCCUGCAUUUGGACAUUCUUCUUUUAAGGGUAACAUGUAGGACUACACUCGUGCCUUAACAGAUAUUGGCUUUUACCUGAUGCAACAAAUCUUGUCUUUGUACUCAUGCAACUGUUUGUCUAUGUUAAUUUUGGCGCCCCCUUGUGGUAAUCUGCUGAUUUUGUCCUGCACUUAAGAAAACAGUUUAUCCACCAAAAAAUCUCUGGUCACUUACCCCCUCACUGCAGUUACCACAUUCAAAUUUACAUCGUAUAAAUUAUCAGACUUGUUGAUGGUUUCAUUUGCUCGUCAAUGUCAUCGAGACACAACACAGUUCAUCUCAAUCAGUUUCAUAUCUUAUCAAAAACUCACAGGAGCUUUGACCUUAAAAUGAGCACAUAAAGUUGUGUUUAGUUGGUUAGACAGUUGAACUUAGUUCUUUGACAAACCAAAUUUCAAUAUUCAAAUCCUUGUUUGUGCACACUGGGUAUGAAGUUUGAUGUUGGAUGCAUUUUUUCAAAUAUUAACUUGUCUCAGAAAGUUACAAAGAAGCUCAGUGGUGUCUUUUUUAUAUACAGGUAUCACUUCUUGUUGGUUUCACCUCAGUUUUUUCCACUCCAUAUGAGUUUAAUCUAACCCUGACCUUGGAAAAACUCCAGCUCCUCCUUUUUCAACAAAUUAAAAAAAAGGGACUCUGUAGCUUUCAAACUAAAAGCCUCACUGGUCUGUUUCAGAUAAAACAGUUGGUGAUGCCCUUGCUCUCUCUCUCUUGCAGAACAUAAUGUCCUAUUGAUCCCAUCUCCAGAGUUGUAUCCUGGUUCUGACCUCUGCAAUCUGCAAGGCCUCCUGGGAAAAACGCCCUUUACUCUGCCUGCUUUGAAGAGUUUCCCUCUGAGACCUGAGUUCAUUUAAAACAUGCUAAACAAGGGGUUUGCUCUGACAGUGGGCGCCCACCUGGGGAAACCGCUCCUCUCCCACAGCUAGAUCAAAGCUGGAGGGUCCUGAUGAACGCUACUCUUAGGGUUGUACAAGUGCAACAAAGCUUAACCUCUUGCCGAUUCUCCCUAAGAAGUUUGGACUCAUUGUUUGAGUGAGUUUAGUUGUGUGCACUAUGUUUAGGCCUGGUGUGCUUUCUGUCUACAGCAUAAGUGCUCUGUACAUUGUAAACAGACAUGCUGACGACCAAAGAGCGUGUUUCAAGCAGGUUUUGAGCCAUAUGCAGAAAAAAACACAAGCGGCUGAGCACUUUUCCCAGAGAAGCUGCUUUUGUUUGGGUAUGGAGGAAAUGAGAUUGGGGGGAGGGGCGGGGGGCACACUUAAAGGAAAUGGCCUUGCACUCUGAAGUCCAGACCACAGCCUGUGACAUGUAGGAACAGGAUUGGUGUGCAUGUUUCACAGCUGAGGUUUCACAAGGUCACAGAGUGUUUGUUUGUGUCGAGCCAGGUCCAGUUUCAUAAUCACCUGUGUCUGCAGCCAGGACGUGUUUGGAUCAUUUCCUCCUUUAGCUGCAAAAACACAGAAAAAUGGAGUGAUUUUGACUUUUCCACAUUCAAAUAACAAUUUUACCAUGUGUUAGAUAUCAUGCUUGGGCUGGAGGCCUCUAAGCUAUCACUCUCUCACCACAUGCAGAGCGAAAGAUGACAGUGUGGGUAAAUCAUGCCUUAAGUUUUUAAAAUGCGUGAAUCAUCAUGCGCGAGUCUGAUUCAUCCUUUUAAUUAAAAAUACACCAAACCCAGCAGCGUCAGAACAUCUAAACAGAAACAUCAGCACAUAAACGCUGCUAUUGUUGGUUUAAAGAUUUGGCACUUUGCUUUUUCCAUUUGCAUUAUUUCCUCAGACAGAAAACCAUAGUGAUGGAGUCUGAAUGGCUUGGGAGUCGUUUUGUGUUUGUGUAUGUUAGAGUUAUACCACGGUCUGUGAUCUCGUGUCCAUCCUGCUCUCCCAUUGUCCAUCCCAGUUCUCCCACCAAUGCCAUUUUUGGCUGGUUCAAUGGGAGGAAGUGGGCACCGUCUUAAAUCGGGGUCUGAAACAGAGGCUCCGGAUAAGCAGUCUGCUUUAGUGACGCUUAAAUCCACACAAUAAUCACGUGGCGAUUUAAUGUCGGAAAUGUAAAGUGAAACUAAAUAUAUGCAGGAGGAUUUAUUUCCUUUAACGCCAGAGGGAAAUAAAGCACUUUUUUUGCAUAUAAAUUAAGAGUGUUUAGGUGCAUAAAAUCAAGCAUUUAAGAGUGUUGAAUAGUUUCCAUAUCUAAAUUAAAAUGCUGUGGUGUCGAUUUCUUUAACUUUCCUUACAUUAACCAUGCAAAUGAAAACUAACGUUAUCCAUGUCUGCCUUGGGAGGCUUGCUCUGAAAUAAUACUGCACCUGCUACACUGGCAUUAUAUCGCAUAUGUUUCUUGGGUAAAAGCAAGAAAUAUCUGGGGGAGUGCUUUGCAAGCAUGAAGCACUACAUUUUGUUUUUCACCAUUUGAUGACCAAAUGAAAUACGCAAUUCCAAUAGAUGAUCAUUUAUGGCUCUGCUGUAUGCCAAGUCAGCUAGAUUUAUUUUUUAACCAGAUUUUUUUAGCGUGGUUGCUCAAAGAGAGUUCUUAUAUACAGGCUUUGUAUUUGUACUAAUUAAAGCCAAACUCCUACAAUAGUAGCAGAGAGCAGAGAUUUGAAUGAUGGCUUUGGAAAUGCGGUCCUGAGCCAGAUGUGAUUGAUUGUUCUCCGCUGACUUUUAGGUGUUUUGAGUGGGCCGUAAAUGGGUCCCUGUGUUUGCGCCAGAUGUCACAGGGUUAACAGCAGGCCACCCAUUAAACACUAUGACCCAAAGCAGACAGAGAAAGAAAGACAAGAGGCAGAGUGCUGGAGGAAAGAGGCUGUCUGAGAAAUGAGGCAAAUUAUUUACAUCAAACAACCUCUCACUCUUUCAGGUCUGUAUGAAAUACUAAUCAAUUCUGCCUCAACAAAAAACCUAGCUUGAUGAAUUCAGCUUCUCUGUGACACACUGAGACCAUGUGUGCAUACAUGAGGAAAGUGAGGCACAGUUCAGAGCACUUCUAUUAAGAUUGGCAGCAGGAAAGGUUUGUAAUGAAGAACCACACUUGCGUUUACUUUCAUGCCCUCGCUGAAGCUCCAGCUGCCCCCCUGUAUUUUCGUACCACAAAGUGUCCUUUGUAUGUUCCCCAUGAUGAUGAAAGUAGGGAAUUCACUCUGACAUCUGAGCGCAAUCAUCCCCCAAACUACUCCAAUCACAGUAGCCUCCUAAAUCAAGUUUGUCAAGUAUCCACGGUCCCCGUUGAAGGGAGAAAUCUAAAGAUUUAUUCAGACAAUAAAAAUUCCUCUCCGUUUCUCAAACUUGCAACAUCGUAGGAAUAAUCCUACCGAGGGGAAUAACUUAUUGAUAUACAAACUGCGACCCUGGGAUUUGUCGAACAGUAUUUCAGGUUGAUCUGCAUGUAGGAGAGAAUUCGUGCCUUUAUUUCUAACAGUCUCAGGGCUCGAAUGCUGGAGUAUCCGAAAAUGUGUGCAUCAAAGUUUGAUUUCCCAGGCUUCUGUGUUUGUGAUCACAGCCUGAACAGCUGAAUACUAAAAUAAUUUAGGAAAAAAGGUGAACCGUAACAGCUGUGGAGGAACCGGACCACAAAUAGAGCCACGAAGCCUUUUGCAAGGCCCAAAAAAGGAGAGGAAAACAAGGGAGAAAAAAUAAUAACAAUCACUGCCUCCUUCCUCUUUUCAUGAACUCGUGCAGGAUGUGUCUUUCAUGGCUCCCUCUUUUCAUCCUCUCCUCCAUCCUUCUUUUGUAUUCCUCUUCUCCUCUCACCAGUGAGAAAAUACACAGGAAACUUGUACCACAAUGGGACUUUUCACACAUCUUCUGCUCAUUAGGGAUCUGAAUGCUGGCUGGAGGUGUAUCCACAGGGGAACGGUGAGUAGUCAUCCAUGCAUAAGCAAACAUUUUCAUAAAUUGCCCUCCUGACUUGCACUUCACUCAGAUGUUCUGACAGUGAUAAGACGCAGGCCAAGCAAGCGCUCUGCAACUUUGAAACUCUUAACACGGAAAGCCUGCUGUAGUGGGUUUGAUGAAUGGAUGUACAUCAGGCGAUUGGCCUCCAUUCAGGCUCUGAUGUAUGGAGUGCCUGGUACUGGGAGGCCGAAAAGCUGUUUCCUAUUUACAGGCUGGGGUUUGAGAGCAGCUGGGAGGUUUUGGGGAGAGCUUUUGGUGGUUUGAGGCAUCAGUGUCAGGGUUAAGACUCCAGUCAGCCAUUAGGCUCCUCUCUAAAUCCUUUUCUCUAUUAUAACCAGAAGCAGAUUUUUUACUAUCUAUCUAUCCGCCACAACUAAAGGAGUAAUGAGAGAAACAUACACUGUGAACGGAGAACAUCCUGGCCUUCAGUCCUGUUUGAUCCCGUGCUCUGAGGCUGCCUCUUUUUUAUUUCUAUCACUGAGUCAAUCUGUCUUUAGGCUUUUAUUACAUGUGUCUCCCAGUGCAAUCCAUCAAUAUAGACUACAAAUGGUCUUGUAUGUUUUUUUUCAUGUGAGAAAUAGAUACAACUGAAGCCCAGAGUUAAGGAUGGGACUACGAAGAGAGACUUGCAAGAGCGAGGAGUGUCCCUCAUAUGGUUGGCGCUCAAGGCACAUCAGGCUCAAAUCCAGAUGCUGCCUGGGUUGCCACAUCCUGGCCAUAAUCCCCAUUCAGUGCCAUGAUCAUCUGAGAGACCACGAAUAAAAACCACCUGGUACAGAGGAAUAUUCGCUCGUGGUUAUUUUCCCUCACGUUACUUUGGGGCUUUUGAUUGACAGUUUUAUGCCUCGGGACCAUUUUUGAAGGACGUAAUAUUUACUUUGUGUUACUUUUGAGAUUUUUGCCCAUUAAAGUGAGCCAGGCUUCAGUCUAAGAGUGUGUUUAUCUACUGUAUUUAUUCCAUCAUCUUGUUUGAGUACAGUGAAGUCGUGUUUAUGCCCCAUAAAGCCCUCAGUGUUUGGUUUUCCCUCUUUGCUGCUCACGCUCACAUAAAACUUGACAUUUUCUUGUUUGCAAUUGGAAACUCACUUUGUCUAUGUUAAAUCCAACUGUUUACGAUUGACGCAAGUUAAAAGCUUCUGAGUUUCACCACAAACUUGAUGCCGAUGAUAGUGCGUCAACACUUGGGCUUGGAAAGCAACACCUUUUGGUAACUUAGCCGGUGGAGUUGUUGCUGCAGGCGUCUCUAAAACACGAGUACAUUCCAGGAGAGAUGAUGGUCCAUUUUUCAUUCAGCAUGACAGGACAAUAGGGGUGAAAGUUAGCCACCUUAUCUGUGAACUCCGUGUCAGGCAGCAAGGGAAAGCGAUGUGAGGAAGCAUACUUGGGGAUUGUUAGGAUAGGAUUACCGGAGUAAAGCUUCAGCCCUGAGGGAACACAGUGAGACAGACACCUUCUCAUGCAGCCUGUGGACAGAUUCUGUCAUUCUCUUAUCCAUACUGGACACUCUCUGUCCCCUGAGGCCAGACUUUAUCUCAUUUUUUACCCAUCUUCAGUAUGACCCCAAUGACCUGACUUGUAUUAAUGAACUUGGUGGGUGUAUGUGUGUGCCAGAGUGCUGAAAAGGGUGGGGGGUGAGCAGAAACCUGUGAGGCUUGGAGGGGAAAGCAGAACUUACACUUUGUUUGACUUACAGCUGCGUGCAGAGAUGAUAGACAAAGUCAAUGGACUGUCUGAGCCAAAGCCGGUCAUGGUCAACAGCAAAGUAUGAAGGCACUGACAGAUCCAAUGAGGUCAGAGAAAGAGACGGAGAGACAAAUAGAACAAAGAGAGAGAGCUCUGCCAGACACUGAAAGAAAGACAAUGUGGGAGAAAUAAUUCAAGAUGUUAGAGUUAAUAUUAGACGCAAUACUGACAGCAUGGCAUAAGGAAUAGCAAUAACUGUCUGCUGGUUCGUCUGCCACUGAGGUCAAAGCUGAAAUAUCUCAACUUAAUGAACUAUUAAAUAUAUCAUACACAUAUUUAAAGUGCCCAGAGGAAGAAUUUGAAUCUGACUUUGGUGAUCUACUAAAAAUGAUUAGUUACAUGGAGUUACAUGGUACACUUUAACAUCUACCUCUUGGACAAGCACAAACUUUGGUACAAGCAUUCAUGCUUGCUUCCCUCCAGCACUGAUAUGUCCUGCAUAUUAAGAAAUAAUUAGCUAUCAAUGUUAGCCUAAGCCUAUUACACCAAAUGUCACAUAUAUGAAGCUUUAAACUAUUAAGUUUAAUCUUUACAAGAAACCUCCAAAUCUGGUAAAACGUCACCAAUGUUGUUAAAAGAUAAGAGCUCCUGUGAGUAACUUUCAGUUUGUCUUAAUUCUUGCCAGUUUCUUCUUGUGCACAGGUAAGGGAUUUCUGAAUAAUCUCUGCCUGCUGUUUUUUUAAGGGGUCACACGAAUCACUAAUCCAAAAUCUUUGCUUCAGGAAUGUAAAUAAUGACUGUUUGGAUUCUUGCUAUGUCAGAUAAUCACUAAGUACUUGUGGUUACAGGCUGAAAAAUGCUCAGGCCUCUUGUUUAUGGUCUUAUUUUUGUUUGUAUAUCCUACACAGACACUUCUGUUUAUUUCUGUCCAACCACUAAAAGGAAAAUCUUUUACAGGAGCUUUUAUUUUGUUAGGUUUUUGGCUAAAAAUAAUAUCAGUACCACGAGCAACAGCCUUUCUUUGUUUUUAAGGGUAACUAGCCAACAUAAGCUGGCUAAACAUGCUACACUAAUGCGCUAAAUGAACAGCAGUAAAUGUUAGCGUCUUUGUUAGCAUCUUUUAGCUCUUUUUUUUUUUUUGGUUCCUAUUCAAUUCAACGUCACUCUGAGCAGCAAUAGCCACAGAUAAGAAAGAAAAGCUCUGAACCUUCAAAAAAAAAGUAUCAGACAGGUCACUGUAUGCUUCUUGUUUAUGCCCUUACUUUUGUUUGUCCUACACAGACACCUCUGUUUUUGUCCAUCCAACCACUAAAAGAAAAACCUCUACAGGAGCUUUCAUUUUGUUAUGUUCUUGGCUAAAUGCCUUAAAAAAUAAUGUCAGUACCAUCAGCAACAGCCUGUCUUUGUUUUUAAGGGUAACUAGCCAACAUAAGCUGGCUAAACAUGCUACACUAACACGCUAAAUAAACAGCAGUAAAUGUUAGCGUCUUUGUUAGCAUCUUUUAGCUCUUUUUUUUUUGGUUCCUAUUCAAGUCAGUGUCACUCUGCGCAGCAGUAGCCACAAAUAGGAAGGAAAAACUCUGAACCUUCCAAAAAAAAGAGGUUCAGAAAGGUCACUGUAUGCUAACAGGGCAUCUCUAUAGUGGAGAGACAAAGUUAACAAAUAGCUGAUAAACAUGCUGAGCAUUUGGCGGUCAGGAGUGACAUAUUUCCCUCCAGAGGACACAGCAGCCUCAACAAUGUAGGUCUGAAAGGGGACUGAACUGAACUGAACUCCUUUAGGAGCCCAAAAACAAACUCCUCACCAUGCUAGCUCUACUCAUGUUAGCAACCUUUGCUUAGCAGAUAAGGACAUGUUAGUACAGCUAGAUUGUGUGUCUUCCAGAGUGCAGAGUCAUGUUGGGUUAAAAAAAGUUUUAUUCACAUUAACACAAAGCCUCUUGGUAUUCUCUCGUUUUUUGCACGUUUGACUUGAGAGCAUCUCUCAGGUUUCACAGACAUUCAUGGGCCAGUGUGAGGAGAUGCUCUGUCAACAUGAGGAAUGCCUUGAUAACUGCAUAUACCGACACAGACGCAAUCUCUCUGCCAAACGCACCUGCAUGAACACAUCCCUGGGAGAAACACAAAAGAUCUCCUCAUCACGAGCGAGCAGAACAUCAGUGGUGACAAAACACUGGCUCAAAAUACCUCAGACAAAGUCCAAGGGAACAAACGGCUGCCAAUGUUUUGUGCUUUAAAAUUUUUAAAAGGCCCCGUCGCUCCCUCAUGUUCACACACCCCUGCAUCCGCCCCUCAUGAGCUUUCAGCCACACUCACACAGGCCCUUAUCCUCCUGAAAGAUAACUGUGAAUGAAUAAGUAAUUAAGUGAAAGAUGAGUGAGGGUAGAGGAUGAGGAGGAAUGUGAGGGAGUAGAAAAAUGUGAGCGGGAGGAGGGAGGCUGAUGGUGGAUGGUAAAGAUGUGGUAGAGAAUGAGUUUGAGAGGGACCCUCUGAAUGGAGAUUUGCACCAAAAUGGAUUGUGUCUGUCAGACCCCCCACUGUGGCUCAGGACCUGACUACAAUAGAAAGUGCAGCCAUUAGGAAUAACUCUCACAAUCUUUCUUGCUCGACUUUUUCUCUAACACCCUCCACCCUCUUUAGUCCUUUACAUCAUCGGCACGUUGUUUCCCUCUUGCAGCCGCCAACUCU